AUGAGAAAGUCAAAUACCAUCAAACCUUCUCGAAACGCGUCAAUAAAGGGUGGUGGUGUCAAACGACGGUCGCCGAUUCACCGAACAACAAUAGCAGCUGCACGAAAAAAAUCAUCGGAGCUAACUGAUUGUCAAGAACAACUCCAAAAUGUUGGUGCUUGUUCAACUUCAAGUCAAAUAGAUAAGCGAAGACGCGCAGUCGAAAGUUCGAACAGUCAACAGGGAACCAGUCAUAAAAAAACAAGACAAGAGGUUACCGAAGAGUUUACUGACAACGAUAGUGACCAAGAUUUUUCAGACGAAACGCUUCGAGAAGCUCCAGGUGUGUCCGAAAAUACCAUCAAUGAUCAACUGAUACCCUUAAGCAUAAGUACUAGGACGUUUUGCGUCAAAAUUAUGAAGGAUUCAAUGAGUGAAAUACUCAAUGGCGUUCGAGGAGAAAGGAAAAAAUUGGAAUUAAGAGAUCUAUUGGAUGGAUUGAUAUCAAGAAUUAGUAAAAAUUUGGAAUCCCUCAUGAUACCUAAAACCUUGGACAAUGUGAAUAUCGAUUAUGAGAAAGUCCAAUCACAAAAUCAAGCGCUAGAAAAAUCACUCAAUCACGAGUUAGAACAAGCUAGUCAAAUGGAGUUACGACUUGAGCAUGAGAAGAAGCUAAUGAACGAAGAUUUAAAGUUCCUGGCAAAAUUCAGAAGCGAUAGAAAAGCAGUUGAAUCACGAAACAGGACGCUCCAAAGAACAAAGAUGCAUCCGCUCUUGAGAGAGAAUUUCGGGAAAACUGUCGAUGUAGAUGACGACCUAAUCAGGAAACACCUUAGGCCGGUGAAAGACCCAUUGUCGUACAUAUGGAAGCAUGAAGAAGAUGAAGAACUUUGUGAAUUAAAGAACUCCCUAAGUUCUCAUCUACGAUCAAUCGAAAAAAAUUCGGGGUUAGACAGAUUAGUUAACGAGAUACACGAUGCUGAAGCUAGUCUAUUACGAAUGAUGACGGAAAUGAGGCUGAAAGAUGAGCUGGAUGAAAAAAUCCGUAUCUAG